CGUUUCUGCGUCGUGGGCGUCGCGCGCAGCGAGGUGGGCGUGGCUAUACGAGCUUGGGAUAGGCCCGGGUGACGCGUCGCGGGCGUCUCGCGCGUCUCGCGAAGGAGCAGCUGCUAUGGGUGUGCAGCUGCACAGAGGAUUUAGCUGGUGGCCUGGGAGACUCUCGUUCACUCCAGGCAACCUCUUCGUAGUCAGCACGCUGCGAAACCGGUAGACGCGUCCACAACGAGCGUUAUAAUGGCGUACGGAGCCAAAGGAAGCUGUCCUACGCCAGAUUCCGGGAUUAUCUAGCGGCAGUAAGGCACUAGCGACAAAAGCUCUGCUGCCUCUGCAACCGCGCAGUGGCGCGUAAAGUACACCCACGCGUACUCAGAAUACGUAUUAAUACUUGCACAGCAUCAGCCUUUGGCCAGCAAGUCGCGCAGAUUCGUGCGGCAUCAGCAAGCGAGUUUUCAAGGUCAUCGCUUUUGCAGCCGGCAGUAGUAGCAGGAAGCGAGCGCAAAUCAAUCGCAAGUCAAUGGCGAACCAAUACCGCACUCUAACCCGCGACAUCGCCGCAAGCUUACGUAGCCAAAACGUGGACGCCGCGGCCGCCGGCGUCGCGCUCGACGCCUUCGCGGCAGCGCUGCCCGACGGCAAGCUCAAGGCGAGCCUCGGCGACCCCGGCAGCGAGCAGCGGGCGGCCGCGGUGGAGGCCGUCGAAGCGCACCUCGACGACACGCUGACGCGCGCCGAAGACGACCUGGGCGCCGACGACGACACGCUGAGCGCGCUCGCGGCCCUCGCCGCCGAGGCGGCCUUCGCGAAAGACGCCGUGGCGCUCGGCAAGUGUUGCCGAGACGCCGCGCAAACUCUAGGCGAGGCGGAGAUCCCGCUGCUGGACCGCAGCGACGGCGACGGCGUCGCCGCGGCGGCCCAGGCAUGCGUCGCCGCGCUCUGCGCGUCAGUGCAAUUACUCGAGGACGACGUCGGCGACGAGAGCGACUGGCGCGCCGGCGCACUCGCGGGCUGCUACGCGGCACUGUUGGCCCAGACUUCGGGCCGCGCCGAAGCGGCCCUCGACGUGCUCGGCCUGCUCGGAUUUAGAGGAGAAGGUCGAGACGUCCGCGGAUUCGCCGAGGCGCUGGCCGAGAACGCCAAGGACGCCGACGCCGCGCUCAAGCUGCUGGCGACCCUGACGGGGCGCAGCGAUGUGCGGUCGUCGUGUGCUGCGUCGGCCGCGGGUCGCAUCCACCUUGAGCUCGCGGCUAGGGCGGCGGCACGCCUGGGAGAGCGCGCGGAUGAUGACGACGCCGCCGCCGUCCGACGCCACGUCGCGUCCGUCGCGCCGUGUCCGGAGCUUGUGCGCGCCAUCGCGGCGGACGCCCCGGCGACAUGGCUCGCCCGGGCGGACACGCAUGCGCUCGAGGCGUUGCUUAAGGAUGUGUAACAAUAAGUUUAAGGUA